AUGCUUGCCACUAUGUGUGACGAGCGAGCCGGUAUGCUGCAAGAUCAAUUUAAUGUGAGCUUGAACCAUGUUCACGCUCUUGCUAUUCUUGUGUCUACAUUUCAUCAUGGUAAACAUCCUUCUGCAGUUGACCAGAAUAUUUUUGGAGAAUAUACGGAGAGUUCAGCAUUUGAGAGACCACUUACUAGUGGCGUUGCUUAUGCUUUGAAAGUUCUGCAUUCCGAUAGGAUGAAUUUUGAGAAGCAGCACGGGUGGACAGUUAAGAAAAUGGAAACCGAGAACGAGGCAUUAGUUCAAGAUUGUAUUCCAGAAAACUUGGAUCCGGCUCCCAUUCAAGAUGAAUAUGCACCAGUCAUAUUUGCUCAAGAAACCGUUUCUCAUAUUGUAUCUAUUGACAUGAUGUCAGGGAAGGAAGAUCGUGAGAAUAUUUUGCGAGCAAGGGCGUCCGGAAAGGGUGUUCUGACAUCCCCUUUUAAACUACUAAAGUCCAAUCACUUAGGUGUUGUACUUACAUUUGCUGUCUAUGGCUCUAAGCUUCCUCCAGAUGCUACACCCGAACAGCGUAUCGAAGCUACUGUCGGGUAUUUGGGCGCAUCUUAUGAUGUUCCAUCACUCGUGGACAAGCUUCUUCACCAACUUGCCAGCAAGCAAACUAUUGUUGUUAAUGUGUAUGACACAACUAAUGCAUCUGCACAUAUUACAAUGUAUGGUACCGAUGUUGUUGAUACUGGCUUACUACACGUAAGCGGUCUAGAUUUUGGGGACCCGCUACGAAAACAUGAGAUGCACUGCAGGUUCACGCAUAUGCCUCCAUUUCCUUGGACUGCAGUCAAUGCAUCUGUGGGGGUAUUUGUUAUUACCUUGCUUCUUGGACAUAUAUUUCAUGUGGCAAUAAAUCGAAUAGCUCAAGUAGAGGAUGACUAUCGUCGAAUGAAAGAGCUCAUGGUUCGCGCUGAGGCUGCAGAUGUAGCAAAAUCUCAGUUUCUUGCGACAGUUUCGCAUGAGAUCAGGACUCCAAUGAAUGGUGUUUUAGGUAUGCUGCAAAUGUUGAUGGAUACCGAUCUUGAUGACAAUCAGAUCGAUUGUGCCCAAACUGCUCAUGAUAGUGGUAAAGAUCUUAUAUCGGUCAUAAGUGAGGUUCUCGAACAAGCUAAGAUCGAGGCAGGAAGGCUUGAACUCGAAUCUGUAGCUUUUCAUCCACAUGCUAUUCUCGAUGAAGUUCUAUCACAUUUCUCUGAAAAAUCCAUUGAAAAACGAAUUGAGUUGGCUGUUUAUGCGUCCAACCAAGUACCUCAAGUUGUCAUUGGCGAUCCUAAACGCUUCCGGCAAAUAAUUACCAAUCUUGUCGGAAACUCACUUAAGUUCACUCAUGAUAAAGGACAUGUUUUUGUGUCGAUUCAUCUUUCAAAUGAAGUAAAGAAUCCACUUCAUAUCAUGGAUCCAGUGCUGAGAGAAGGCUUAAACACGAGUCACGACAUAUCGGAAAGAACAUGUAACACGUUGAGUGGAUUUCCUGUAGGCAACAGAUGGAAAAGCUGGGAAAAUUUUAAAAAGUUAAAUUUAUCGGAUGAGUCUGAAACUAUUCAACUACUAGUAACGGUUGAGGACACUGGUAUAGGAAUUCCUACCGAUGCACAAAGCCGCAUAUUUACACCUUUUAUGCAGGCGGAUAGUUCUACAUCUCGAACAUACGGUGGAACUGGAAUAGGAUUGAGCAUUAGUAAAUGUCUAGUUGACCUCAUGGGAGGAGAAAUUGGAUUUGUAAGUGAGCCUGAAAUCGGAAGUACUUUUUCGUUUACUGGAAAUUUCAGGAAAGGACAAACCGAAUCUCGGGAUGAUAAGUUGCAGAAGAACUAUCCCGAGUUCCAAGGAUUGAAUGCAUUAGUAGUAGAUAGAAGAAAAAUCCGAGCCGAGGUUACACGAUAUCACCUGCAGAGGUUGGGGAUGUCUGUGGAUGUAAGUUUCAGUCUUCAAUCUGCAUGCUUUUGUUUAUCCGAAACUUGCAACUCAAGUAUGUCAGGACAGUUAGCCAUGAUUCUCAUAGAGAAGGAUACCUGGGACAAGGAAAGUAGUAGCUUAUUCGAAAUCAAGAAACAUGUACAUAAUGGCAUCAAAGAGGACCCGUUAAAAUUUUCAAAGAUUUUUCUCCUGUCCGCCCAUCUAAGCUUCGGCGAGCGCAACGAGCUGAAGUCUGUCGGUAUCAUAGAUGAUAUACUAAAGAAGCCGCUUUGGCUAAAUGCUUUGAUUCGAUACUACAGGUCAUCGCCCGGAACUGGGAAAAAAGAAAUUACUAGAAAGAAACUAUCCAAACUUGGAAAUUUGUUAAUGCACAAACGAAUUUUGGUGGUUGAUGAUAAUGCGGUGAACCGAAAAGUUGCAGAAGGUGGACUACGAAAAUACGGAGCAGUAGUUACCUGCGUUGAGGGCGGUAAGGUUGCUUUAAAGAUGCUUAAACCACCACAUAGUUUCGAUGCUUGUUUCAUGGAUCUCCAAAUGCCAGAAAUGGACGGUUUUGAGGCGACGAGGCAAAUCCGGUAUAUGGAGAACGAGGUAAAUGAAAAAAUCGCUUCGGGGGAAGCAUUGGCAGAGACGUUUGGCAACAAUUCUUAUUGGCACACUCCAAUAUUAGCUAUGACAGCUCAUGUAACUCCGGCAUCAAAUGAAGAAUGCAAAAAAUGUGGGAUGGACGACUAUGUGUCGAAGCCAUUCGAAGAAGAGCAGCUCUAUAUGGCAGUUGCACGUGUCUUCAAUUUCGAGUCAUAG